GGGGCAGAAAGCUCUCCCGGAACUCUGCAGCCGCAGCGGCUCUGAUUAUUUCACCAUCGGGGUUCGGUCCAACAUGGCGGCUUACGGAUGGAAAUACUGAUGACAGUCCGAAAGAUCGCCUCGAUUUGUACGAUGGGCGCCAAUGCCUCUGCCUUGGAAAAGGAGAUUGGACCGGAACAGUUUCCCGUAAAUGAACACUACUUUGGCUUGGUUAAUUUUGGAAACACCUGCUACUGUAACUCAGUGCUGCAGGCUCUGUAUUUCUGUCGACCGUUCAGGGAGAAGGUGCUCGCAUACAAGGUGCAGCCUCGUCGCAAAGAGUCCCUCCUCACCUGCUUGGCCGACCUGUUCAACAGCAUUGCCACACAGAAAAAGAAAGUCGGCGUUAUCCCGCCCAAGAAAUUCAUCUCACGGCUGAGAAAGGAAAAUGAGCUGUUUGACAACUACAUGCAGCAGGACGCCCACGAAUUCCUCAACUACCUUCUCAACACAAUCGCAGACCUGCUUCAGGAGGAGAAGAGCCAGGAGCGGCAGCAGAAUGGAAAACUGGUGCAGAACGGAGGUGGAGGAGUGGGAGGAGGAGGAGGAAGUAGCGAGGGAGGAGGAGAAGGGGAAGGAGGGAAGGAGACGCAGCAGACCUGGGUGCACGAGAUCUUCCAAGGAACGCUGACCAACGAGACGCGCUGCCUCAACUGCGAAGCUGUGAGCAGCAAAGACGAGGACUUCCUGGAUCUGUCUGUGGAUGUGGAGCAGAACACGUCCAUCACGCACUGUCUCAGGGGCUUCAGCAACACAGAGACGUUAUGUAGUGAAUACAAGUAUUACUGCGAGCAGUGUCGCAGCAAACAGGAAGCCCAGAAAAGGAUGAGGGUAAAGAAGCUACCCAUGAUCCUCGCACUCCACCUGAAGCGCUUUAAAUACAUGGACCAGUUGCACCGCUACACCAAACUGUCCUAUCGUGUCGUCUUCCCCCUGGAGCUCCGCCUCUUCAACACGUCCGGGGACGCAACCAACCCAGAUCGCUUGUACGACCUGGUGGCUGUCGUCGUGCACUGUGGCAGCGGUCCAAACCGUGGACACUACAUCACCAUCGUCAAGAGCCACGGCUUCUGGCUGCUGUUUGACGACGACAUCGUAGAGAAAAUUGAUGCGCAGGCAAUAGAGGAGUUCUAUGGUCUGACCUCAGACAUUUCCAAGAACUCGGAGUCCGGAUACAUCCUGUUCUACCAGUCCAGAGACUGAACCAAGGCAGCGGUAAAUCCCCCCAAAGACUGUCUCUCAACAGAUGGGGAGGGGCUUAUGGAGGCCACUGCCCUCACUUAAAUAUCCAGGCUUUUUUCCCUGUAGGCGGAGCUUUGCACUGGAGCGCCACUCAGGACGGGUUGAGACGUGUGCGACAGGUCUCACGGCAGCCUCCUGGAUUAUUCAAAUCCUCUGUGUCCACACUGCAGCGGAGCACCUUAAAAAAGAAACAAACAAAGAAACAAUAAAAAGAAGAAUGGCUGAUUUUACGACACUCGCUUUGCACUGUGGCAUCAGCUAGGCAGACUGACCAAUCCCACCUCUGCAUGUCCAGACUGACGUGCAGAGGUGGAGACGAUGCGGCGUAACCAAUCAGCUGUUUUGCAGCUGGUGUCAGAGGACGUCAGUCCUCGCUGUCACGAUUACCACUGAGGACAUUUUUUGUGUGUGUGCAGACUACACUAUGCUAAAUUAGCCUUUUUGAGACUUCACUUGGCACAAAAGCCGAUACACAACUCCCCCAAAGAUUCCUUUAACAUCUGACGGCACUGUUGGAAGUCCCACCUGUCACAGCAAAACCACUGACCACUGACACGUGCUUGAAUGUGAGCGCAGCGCUUUGAUGCUAGUUUGCAGUGUUUGCAUUUUGACGUUUUGCCAAUAACAUCCUGCAUAGUGUUGCAGGCAGUGGUUGAAAUGAAAAGCAGCCACCAGGGAGGUGUUGAUGGAUCCGAAAUGAGUCCCACUGUUUUUUUUUUUGUUUUUUUUUAGACUUAAGUUAAAAAACAAAAUAAAUAAAUAUUUUGAAUAUUAGAAAACAAUUUAAACCAGUUUAAAAAUUCAAAAAUACAAUUUCCGUAUAUAUAUGAUUAAAAAUCUACAACUGUCCCGUUAAAGAAAGAUCAUUUAACACACAUACUUUUUAAUCCAAUCUCUGGAGCACCAACAGUCUGCUCUAGUUUCCAGCACGUCUGGCAGUGAGAGUGGCUGGUGAUUCCUUUUAAACUUCCUGGUGUGUUGUGCCAUUUUUAACCACUCCUGGUGCCACAGUGGGAAGGGGGGAGGAAGGUCAAAAGGAAGUAUUAUAACAGCAUAAGCUAAUUUUUAAAAUGCCAGCUUCUCAUGGUUUUGACAGCAAGCACACGCUCUCAAGGAUUUGCGUUGUUUUAAUGUCUGACUUUUUUAAAGAUGUCACAAUAUGCA